AUGGAAACAGAUAAUGACGGUUAUCUGGAACUGAAUGAUGGUUAUCUGGAACUUGGUGAUGUUGAUCAAGAGCAUGCAGAUUUUUCCCAAAGGAUUCAAUCUGAAGUAGAAAAUGAAACAGCAGACAGUACCACAUACAUGUACAACCAAGAACAAGAACAUGAAAAUUGGCAUCCAUUCAGCUCAAAGGCAGAAUGUCUUUUGUACAUACUGAUGAAUUCUUCGACCCAUCAUGUUAGCGAUGAAGUUGUCAAAUUUAUUAUAUUUAUGAUGGCUGAAUUGGGUAUUAGCAGUUUACCAACUCUGCAACAGUUGAAAUCAAAAAAGAUUGGGAAAUUUAAUUGGGAAGACAUAGUAACAAAGGGUUUUAAUGAAGAAAAGAUUCCUAUAUGGAUUUUAAAGCCAUCCCAGAUACUAAAACUAGGCCUAGCACAUCCUAAUACAGCCAAGAAACUGAAAAGAUCACCUGAACCAUCAGUUGAAGUAACUCAUCCCGCCAAUGGAAAGAAAUGGACAGAAGAAAUACCCUUUGCUCAACAAAAAGAGGAUGGUACACCAGUGGUAACCAUGCCACUUAACCUCUUCUUAGAUGACACAUCUACACAUAAGAGCAAGCGCUGGUUGCCACUGCAUUGUGUUCAGAUGCAAUUGACAGGACUGCCUAUUGAAAUGCGCCAGAAACAAAAUUACAUUCAGUUUGUUGGAGCAACAGAGAAAGGAGACAUUAUGGAUGUGGUGAAAAUGAUUGGUGAGGACAUCAAAGAUAUAAAUGAAAAUGGUAUUGAUGGGUAUGAUGCACACAAGCAGGAAAAGUGCAGUAUCAGUACAGCAGUUUCAGCAGUAGUGUCUGAUACAGCUAUGACAUCAUACUGCUGUAAUCACUUGGGGGCUACAGCCACAAAAUACUGUCCAAGAUGUGAGGCAGAUGCUGGUCAUUUUAUGACUCUAGCUCAAAGGAGAACUCCUGCCAAGACACAACAACAUCUCACAAGACUAAAUAUGCGUUCCUCAGAGAAUGACAAGAAAGAACUUAGGAGAAAGAAAGGUGUUAAAGAACAUUCAAAUGAGCUAUGGGAUUUAUUAGAUCCUCAUCGAGAUAUGCCAGUAGGUCUUUUACAUCUGAUACCAUUGGGGCUGGCACAGCACCUCAUCAAAUUUAUAUUCAGUAUGCUGCCAGAGGAAGUAAUAGACAAACUUAUGCUGCAUCUCUUAUAUAUGGUUCCUGGCUGCCAGUUUAUUGCUUUCAAUAAACAUUUAGGCAGCAGACAAGGGAAAGACUUUAAACAAUAUUUGCAGAUGGCACCCAUUAAUAUGGCAUAUGCAGGGGUUGCAAGGAAAUACAUAAAACUUGUUGUUAGCCUGGCAAAGAUACAGAAGAUGCUAAAUGAAACAUUGUAUGGAGAGGAGGAUUUGGAAGAAAUGAGAGAAGCUAUUAGAGAAUACCAUCAACUGAUAAUACUGCAUGCACCGAAAUUGACAAAUAAAGUUAAAACUCAUCUUUUACUUCAUGUGAUUGAAGAUAUAGAACGACAUGGACCACCUUCUGCAUACGUAGAAGAUGGAUUUGAAAGGAACCAUGGGAACAUCAGAGAUUGCAUCUUCAACCAAAAUCAAAAGGCCAGGAGUAGGGACACCAGUGUACAAUUUGCCAAACAGCUGUUAUGUAGUCAUGUUGUAACUGGUGGUUAUUAUGAAACUGAUGACACAUGGAUUCAAGCAGCAAACAGUGUUCUUAAAUUAUCUUCAAAAGUUGUGGUUAAAAAGUACCUUGGGAUUGAAGACCUGCUAGAAACAAGCAACAAACCUGUUGGAGCCAUUUCUUUUUUAAAGAGAGGCUCAGGAUUACGCCCAGUCAUUGAAAACCCAGAUGAAGAUGUCUUCAUUCAAGCUAUGUUGAAAGUAAAUUAUGGACUAGAUAGUUACAGUUUAACGAGGGGAUCGGCUGUUAGAGCAGCUUCAGGGGAGAUAGUCCACUCUGGACAAUGGGUCAAAUUCCUGAAUGAAGAUGAAGAUGAAUGUUUUGCCCAGUUUAAGGAAGGAUUUAUUGUUAGGGAUAACAAUUCAAUCCCUAAGAACAUUGCACUUCUGGAUGUUCUAAACUUUCUAGAUGACAAGGAGGCAGGCUGCCCAAAACUCAAAUUAACUGGAAAUAUGUUAAUGAUUCCAACUGAAGCAGUGGUGAAAAGGGCAAGAAUGUAUCAUGAUUGCAGGGGAGGAGCCUGUAGAACUGUUCAACGAUUACAGACAGAAAGAAUUGAGCAGGAACAUGUUGUAAAAGAAAAGUUGUAUAUAAAACAUAAUUCACAAUAUAAAGUAUAUAUUUUGAAUAUUUAUGCUCUUUAAGGUAGUUCAGGGGUUUAGACAGAAUUUCCUUAUACUUUGCCAAAAUAAAGAUUUUACUAUGCUUUUUUUUUUAAAAUGAUAUAAAGUAUGGGUCACCGCACUUUUUUUCAAGGUACGAGUAGUUCAAAAUUGCCAAAAUCUGCUUAGAUUGUUCAUGAAAAAACACAUUUUUGUGCAUUAAAGGAAAUCUAUGAGACAGAAUUUUGAAAUAAAAUAUGAGAAGAUAGGUAUUAUUAUAUAUUUUAAGAAAAUAAAAAGAAAAAAUGGUUUCACCGAAAUUGUUUUCUUGCUACAAGUAAAAAAUGAAAAUUUCCCUAUAUGUCCAGUAUAAAUUAUGUACUAAAAGAGCUAUCUCCCCUUAAAUGGCUUAUUUGAAAAAUUAAUUCUAAAAGCACAAAUAUUUGGUAUUUGUUAAAACAUUUUCGAUAAUGCAAUUAAUAACUAAUUUUUUUUUAUAGAUAUAAACAGUGUGACCAAUAAAUUGCAAAUCUGUCUCCAAAUUUGCAGAUUUGGGUAAAGAACUAGACCGAUUAUUUACUGUGAUUGUACAAUUCAAGAUGGCGGUAUACCCCUGAACUCCCUUAACAUGUAUAUGCUAUCAAUUUUUGAAAGAAUCAGGAAGUUGGUGAAGCAACACCAUAUGCAUUUGCCACAUUGAAUAUUUGAGCCAUAAUUGUUUGAUAGAAUGAUUGUAAGGUGUGAAUGUCUGUCUGGCAUGUGUAAGUUGAACUGUACCUAAUUUUCAUGGUUCAUUGGUAUAAGUUAAUUUUUUAUGAGGUUUUCUCCAGAUAUACUUUUAGAAAUAGGUGUACGUAUGGUGUAUAUGAUGAUUGUCUGAAUUCAUGUUUCUAAAUGUUAAUUUAAGGUAAUGCUUGUGGUAUACUCUCAUUUUUUCAUU